GUUAAGAGAUGGUGGAUGGAACGGUGGGAAUCGCUGUUUCAUAUUCACUGUUAAUCCCAAGCAUUCCUCGGAGAUGGAUCAAGUGGGAAUCGGGCCUUAUGCACCGUUGGCCAAAGAGAUGGUGGAUGGUCGGCAGUGGGAAUCGGGUAUAACUUUGUACUAUCGAUGUUGGAGAAACAAUCAACGAUUGAAAAUCAAUGUUAACAAAAGCGCUAUCGAAUUUUUUGCCAGCACCAUCAUCUAUUCUUUUUCAGCUGCAAAUAGAACGUACGAAUAGCCACAAAUAUAUUCGUAAUUUUUUUGUGCAUGUUUUCGGUAUGGAUGAAAUAAGUAUGCGUGUUACAGCCUUAAAAUUAUGCUCCCAUGCCAAAGAGUUCUCCGAAAUGAGAGAAAAACCUAUCUUAUUACCAAUUAAGUGGACAACUUCACAGACAAACUUUGUUUUUACAUUUGCUUCUGCCCAGAGUAGUGUAGAACAGGUUGCCGCUGUUAAAACCAUAUUCCAUACCUCUCGGGAUGACAACACAGCAGCCGAAUUUCUUUCUGAUUUGUUAUUUGCAUGCCCUCUCAAGCAUGCUCUACGCAACCAGUUAACUAAACUUUUUUCAGAUAAAGCUGUAUGCAAUGAAACAGAAGUCGGUCAUACAAAACAAUCCUUGCUACAGGCGCUUGUUUUGUCGUUACGUGGCAUAGCCGACGCCAUGGAAGAAACUCCAAGUAGAGGAUACGGUUGGCUUAACGAUAUGUUUGUAUCUAUUAAUGCAUGUUUUCAAAACUUUCCAUAUGGUCGGGAGGCACUUAAACAAGAGAUACAGCGUUUCUUUCCACUGUUGCCCAAAACCUUAAAUGGUUACAUGGAGGCCAUUAGGAAUAUGGGUCAUGGUGUUUCACCUACUUGCCGCAAUCGCUACUACUUGUUUAUUCAAAACAUUUUACGCUUUCAUGUGGCAGUAAUGUCAGAAUGGAAUACUCAGCUGUUGAUACGGGAUCCUGAAGCUAUUAGACAGCUACAAAUAUAUGCUUACAAAGUGGCUCGUGAUAGAGACACGCCUUGGGAUGUAAGAUCCAUAGCUGGAUUGACCAUUGGACACAAUGCUAGAUUUUUGCACGAGUUCGAUAUUUAUUUUAAAAAUUGUUGCAAUCCACUGGGUCUCAAUGAACUACCUGUUCAGGCAGCUGCUUUAUUAGUACUUCAAGCUGGAGAAUAUACAACUUUGGCCAAGAACGCAUUAAGCAUACUACAACGGAUUUUGGCAGUGGCUACAUCGGAUGAAAAUUUUUCAAGCAUUUUGGUGUUUCUGUCCAAAAAUCUGUUAAUUUAUUCAAAAUCUUUGGGCAAAGUUACAGAGUUACAUGAUUCCGCACUAAAUUUCUUUAAAUUAAUUAUUUGUGCCUUACAGGAGUUUUCCGUGUAUCACAUCUGUAGCAAUAUAGAUUCUGUUCGCCACACAUGUAGUGCACUGCUAAGGCAAGUGCUUCAACUUGCGUUGUCUCUGAAUCUAGAAAAGGCAUUUAAAUACGUUUAUGCAUUGUUUGAGCGGCAGAAGAUGCCUCUUAGUAGCCGAUGUCUAAUACUGGAGCAACUUGUACUUGUACUGGAUGUAAAGUUGGUUAUCAGUAAUUGUCCUAGUCUAUUCAAAAUGGUCUUUCCCAAAUACCUAGGACAUGAAGACUGUGUUGAUUCGUUGUUUAAAACCAUGAUGACAAACGCCUUUUCAAAUCAGUCCUUUAUCGAUUGGAAUAAUAUGUGGUGUGACAUGCUAAUAACAACUGCAAAAGCUAGCGACGACCGUUUGCCAGCAGUGGAACGAAUUAUAAUGCACUCAGCAAAUUUAUCACAGGAGUUUUUAAAUCUCGUGCUGCAUGAAACAGUACCACUGAGUACAAAGUUAGCAGCUAUGCUAACUAUCCGCCAAGUUCCGCUACGCCGCGAAGUUCAAAUCCUUUACAAGCAGCAAUUAAACGAGGCUUUGGUCGGCUUGGAUGACCAUACUCGAAUCUUGGCUUUCCGCUUCGUGGUAGAAAUGCCAUGUCCUAGUAAGUGUUUUGGUUCAGACGAAUUAGAUGCAAUAAUGCUUUAUUUGCAGCACAAUGCAAAUAAUCCUAGCGCUCAUAUUCGUCAAUUAAGUUUCGGUCUGUUUAAAAAGGCUUUACAGCGAAUAGAGCUGAACUUGGCACAGCAUAUGAAACGACCAAUAUAUAGUGGCGAGGAACUACUCAAAUUUUUUACUAAAUUCAUGGCCAAACUAUCUUAUAAUCUUUUUCCCACGGCAAACUAUGGACGCCGCUGGAUUUCAUUGCGUUUGCUUCACCUAUGUGUUGAAAUCUGUUGUCGGCAGGAUAUACCUUUUAUUGAAAAACUUCCCAAUGUGACUGUGCCCUACUUGAAACAUUGUUUGAGCGAUAGUUACGAGCAUAAUAAGAAACAUGCUUCUCAUUUGCUCUGUAUAGUAAGCAAGAAAUCUCGACUACAGCCAGUCAAAAUAAUGGAAAUGCUGCUAUCGUUACGGCCUCCCGACUCAUCCACGGGAGCCUAUCAGUUGCAAGUGUAUUGUCAAUCGGUGGAGGUAGAAGAAGAAUUACCUUUAUUGAUAGACAUAACUGUUUAUGAACCGAAGACCUACAAGGCUUUAAUGUGGUGCUACAAACAUUUGCGAGAGGGAACUUUUUUUGCUCAGCAAGACCUAGCUGAGGCGGCUAAAAUUAAUCCCCUUUACGGUUUGCUUUGUGCAAGUCGGCAUUUAAUAAUGCAAUUAAAUAUGGACAAGUUAGCCCAGGAAAUGAAAUGGAGGCAAUAUAUUUCUGAGCUCUUGGAUCUAUGCAUGGCUAUAAUCAAAGUGGUUUUGCCCAUUGUGAGCAGCUCUUCACCUGAAGGAUAUUUACCGGCUAGUCGAUAUAAUCAAAUUAAGGAUAUGGAAAACGCCAAUGUAUUGCGCCGGCGAUUGAAAGCUAAGACAGUUCAACAAUUGCAUACCACUCCGCAGAUGGUACUACUAUGCGGGUGGCGUAGCGUAAAAGAGAUUGCUCUCAUCUUGGGGGAAUUAGUUCAACGAGCGCCACUCGAGCAGGAAAACCCGGACUCCUUUUUGCUUGAAAAGUCUCAGCUGUCUGCUAUAGGCGAUAUUUUUUUGAUGCUUUUAUCCGAAACAAAACAUCGCGGCGCAUUUGAACAAGCAUAUGUUGGAUUUACAAUGCUGUGUCGCCGGUUUUGGCUGAGCGAUGAGGUAUCCUUGAACCAACAACCCAACCUUUGGGUACAAGAGGCAAUGCUUAUGAUCGAGGGUAGCAACAAAAAUCUCUGUCUAACUCGUCGCAGUGCUGGGAUGCCUUUUAUGCUGCAAGCGCUUAUAUGUACUGAGCUUAAGUUAGGAACACACGGUACUCUUUAUAAAACAAUAUACCUCUUGUUAAAUAUUUGCGAGCGCCGCACUUCUAGCGUAGUCUCACGCAGCCACGCUCUUAACACAUUACGAGCUCUUUAUCGUUGUAGCGAACUUUCGGAUUUCGUGGGCGAAUUCGUGUCGCGAGGUGUGAUUUGCGCAUUAGGCUGUCUGCUCGCCGACGAAUGGUCAGAACGAAACUCUGCAACUCUCACGUUGGCCGCAAUAAUAGUUCGUGUCUUUGGUGUGGAAAGGGCACGCUCUUACAAGGGAGACUUCCAUAUUCGCAAUCGUAUGACUGGUCGCGUAUUUUUCACCCUCUAUCCAGAGCUGUUCGAUUUUUUUUACAUUGGACUAAAACACGCAACCGUGAAAAUCAACGACCAGAGUUCGGGGAACCGGUCUACUGAACAAACUAUUCAACUGGAAGCCAUGUUACUUAUUCUGUGCCGUCUAUAUCCUUCUUCAAGUGAGGGAUCAGAAUCCAGUUUAAAUCUUAUUGAAUUCGUCCCGUUUCUUAAAUCAAUUACCAAGUCGCAUGAUCUAGUGACACGUCAACGAGCUUCUCAAAUUAUCGCCAAUUUUGUAAGUCUACAUAGGUCUGUCGAAUUGAUUCGGAAAAUUAUAUUUCAUCUAAUAGUGCUGGAGCAGCAGCUACGACGGGAUUUUUUACUAUUGAAAAAUAACUACAGUCGACUAAAACUUGAUUGGAAUUAUCUCCACGGCCAAGUAUUACAGCUGCACCACCUCUAUAGAGUUAUUCGUUGGACAUAUCCGUCUCUUUCUUGCUUGGUGGUAUUCACUUUGUCUCAAUUGGCUAUUCAGGUUUGCCAUUGUGAUAUUUUUGUGUUCAUUGCUAUAAUAGAUGUGUUAGUCACCAUUAUGGAGGAUAUAUGCGACUUAAAUCAAAUUAACCCAAAGGUGAUGGAUGCAGUUUUUGAUGUUUAUCGGCUGAAUCAUGAUUGGGUUUACAAGAGAUGCGAAAAGAAUGCAACUUCGCCGAGAUCGUUUGCGGUUUUCGCACUUCAUCUAAAUCGUCUGAUCUUUCAAAACAAAGGCAUAAUGCAGUAUUUGAAAGAUUUUAUGGAACAGGAGAAUUUGUCUGCAGGUAUUGAGCAACUUCAGAUAGAUAUUUGGUUAUAUAUAAUGUUCCAAAACAACAAAAACACUAGUAAAAACAUAAGUACAAAUGGACUUAUUGAUAACUUCGACAUUGACUUUUAUCGUAUAAAAGGAGAUGUCGCCCAAUACUACGAUUCUUUGGAAACACCAUUGCGCGAGGAACUAACAGAAAUAAUGCUCUUAUCAAAAAGGAUACAUAUAAGUGUUCUAAAAAUGAGAGAUAAGUUAGUCAUGGAAACAUAUUUUAGUCCAAAGCGGGCCUGCCGUCUUUAUGCAUUGUUAGGAUUGUUGCCUAAGCAAACGCUUACUUUAGAUGAAAUACUCGACCAUUGUUUAAUUGACGAUAGCAAUGAAAUACAGCCUGGUUUGGUUUUAAGCGUUAGUCGUCUGAUUGCUGACUAUGGUGUCGAACAGCAUCAGUGGAUGCCAGUUUUGUCUUACAUUCUUCGGAUUGCCAAUCCCAGUCAGACAAAAUAUAUGCGCCGUAAGGCUUCACAGUUAUGCGACCGUUUGACACAAUGUAUCAAUCUACAACUUAGCUUAGGUGACGUAGAAAUCAUAGGUCAUUAUUGCAGACUAGUUAUUAUACUUCUGACAGACGAAUCGGAUUCUGUGCGCAACUACAUGGCUCAGAUCGUAAACAUUAUCGUGGUCAAUAAAAAUAAAGUAUUUUUAACAAACUCAGAAAUUUUGCCGUCUUUGGCAAUGCCCAACUUUUUAAACCAUAUAUUGAUCAAUCUACAACAGCACAGUGUUUCGUAUCUUUUGCGCCUUUACAACAUUAUUAUAGAGCCUUUUGUCAAAUGUUCACAAUUUCAACAUAAGCACGAAUUAUCAACUUUGUCAGAGGAAAACACGGAGCUAGACGGGGAAUUUGAACUUUUUGAAAAACAGGAAAUAAAUCUUUAUUGUGAGGAGGCUUAUAUAGUUUCCAAGGUGACAAGUUGCUUUAAAACUGUGUUUUGCAAUAACGAACGGCUCAUAAAGGCUAUACAUGACUCAAACACAUUAAUUUCAUUUGAUAUCUUUGACAAGGAGAUAAAUCCGGAAAGUAGCUUAAUGUGCAAUUUAAAUUUGUAAUAUGUGAAUUAACAUAUAUAAGUAGAUGUUUAGUUUCUUUAUUGAUACUGCACAAUAAAGGUUUGAAAUUUGUAAAA